GAAGGUCUCGAUCUUCUUUAGAUUAUUGCAAAUAAUGUCAGAUUAUCCAAAACAAAACCCAUUGAGUCACUUGAUUAACAACAUAUCAUCAUAUGAUAGCAACAUAAUGUUGGCUGCAGUCAUAUCACUCCUUGUUGUGAUCCUUUUUGUGCUGCUUCUGCACAUCUAUGCCAAAUGGUUUUUGACACGAGCUAGCAGCAGUGGAAGAAGGAGCAGGAGAUCAAGCAGCUCUGUCUCUGUGUCUCAUGUUUUACUUUCUGCAAGAUUCCAUCAAUAUUUCCAUUAUCCUAGAAAGGGUCUUCACCAGUCAGCCAUUUCUUCAAUUCCAUUGUUUGUUUACGGAGGAGCAGAUGAAGAGCAUGAACAAGGUUUAGAAUGUGUCAUUUGCUUAAGUAAUUUCGAGGGAAAUGAGGUUGGGAGGAGAUUGACAAAGUGUGGACAUUGUUUUCACGUUGAGUGCAUUGACAUGUGGUUGCAUUCCCACACUAACUGUCCAAUUUGUAGAGCUCCAGCGGUAGUGGUACUGGUAAGUGACAUUGCUAAUGGUGAUGUCAAGUCCGUGUCUAUGGAGCCUGCAGAAACUGAUCAUGAGGAGUCUAGAUCUCUGGGGAGUCAUGUCAUUGAAGUGUCCAAUAAUCCUGAAAAUGAGAAUGGGACUACUAGUGUUGUGGUUAAUCAUAAUUUCUUAUCAUCACCAUCACCAUCACCAUCAUCAUCAUCGUCACCUUCUUCUUCUUCUUUGGCUGGUUCUUUGAAGAGGAUGCUGAGUAGGAAUAGAUCAGAGAGCUAUAAGGUUUUUCCAUCAUCUAUUGAUCACACUCGAUUGGAAGUCUAAGAGAAAGUGUCGUUUGUUUUGUUUAUUAAAUUAUUUAUUUAUUUUUUGUUUUCCUUUUUCUUCCUCUGGAAAAGUAAAAAACAGAGCUUGGUGUCAAACUCACGGUUCUAUAUGUAAUUAAUUACAAAUAUAUUAGCACAA